CUAUGAGAAAUUAAGGAAACUUAACAAAAAGCACUGUAAACUUCUUAUGGGAAAAAUGACAAAAAUGGACAAAAUGGUUAGUGCACUACAAAACGAGCUACAGGAAGCCAAAGACAUGAUAUCACGGUUAGAACAUCAAAAAGUGGAAUGGGAACGUGAAUUCUGCAGUUUGAGAUGUACCUUAAAACAAGAAGAAGAAGAAGAAGAAGAAGAAAGAAGAAAUACUGAUAUGUUAUAUGAAAAUAUUAGGGAAAAGUUAAGAAGUAAAGAAGACGAAUAUAAGAAAGAAGUUGAAACAAAACAACAAGUUGAACUCGCUCUUAGAAUGCUAAACGCGGGAUUGAAGGCCACAAAAAAUCAGGUUGUAGAAGAGCGCAGUGACACUCAGUGGCAACUUUCUCCAGAACAGAAGGCCAGAGUCUUACAAGAUGGAAGUCUAAACAAUCUCUUUUGCAAGCAAAAGGAGCUAGAAAUGACUCAUAAGAAAACUAAUUCUAAGGUAGUUGCGAGACAACUUCAACAAGAACUGGCUGAUACUCUGAAGAAAAAGUCUAUGUCAGAGGCUUCCCCAGAGGUUACGUCAUAUCUUCGUCUGGAAGAUGAAACACGGGAUCUCAAGAAGAAAUUAGCUCAAAUCACAAGUCAGUUGCAAGAAGAACAGGAACGACAUGGAGAGGCCGUAAGAUGUGCUGAGGAGAUGAAAGAUCAUGUGCAAAAGCUACAGGUUAAAAAUGCCACACAAGAAGCAACCAUCAAACAUCAAGCGGCCCAGAUUCAAGAUCUUGAGAACAACAUGAUAAAGACAAGUUUGUUGCAAGAGGCAAAGGAUCGAGAGGCAAAGGACAUAAGAUAUGCGGAGAAGACGCUAGAAGUGCAAAAUGCCAGGGCAGAAGAAACCAUCAAACAACAAGCGGCCCACAUUCACAAUCUUCCGAGCAACUUGUUAAAGACAAGUUUGGCUGAUGUCCUUACAACAGAACUGGAAACUACAUCUUCAAAAUAUCUACACCUGGAUGCAAAAAAUCAAGUUCUUCAAGAGUCAUUAUCAAUGAGAGCUUUCAAAGAAGAAUGUGAAAAACUAGAGAGCAACAACAAGAAGUUACAGCAAGAAGUAGUAAAAUUGAAACAAUUUAUGGAAAUGAAUAUGGUACAACGCAGUCAAGUGGAGCAGUAUAAACAGGAGAUUGAAGAAAGAGCACGACUGGACAUAGUAGAAAAAUUACACGAAGUCAACCUGUUUUUACAGGCACAAGCAGCAGCUCGACAAAACUUGGACCAGUUAAGAGAAAAUGACCAUGCUUCAAUGAGAAAUCAAAUGGAACUUAGAAUUAAAGAUCUGGAAUCUCAGGUCUCUACAAUGAAGACUUCUCAAGAUUCUACUAAAACAGAGUUGGAAACCUACAGGCAACUCUACCUAGAAGAAUUAAAACUUAUAAAGUCCUUGAGAAAUAAGCUGAACAGGGCUAAGGAGAGACUGUCAGAGAGCAAUACAAAUUUUCUUGUGGAGAGACAGCAGCACCAAACUUUACUCAGGACCCUUACUAUGAGCCCAGGCCUGGAACCACCUUAUUGUGGACAUUUUGAAAAUAAUUUAGUGCUCAAUGGAAACCUUACUCCAAGAGGAAACUUAGUGAUUCCUACCUUAAACCCACGGCCGUCAUAUGACGACAGGGAGGCUUCCUUGUGGAAGAUGCGGCAGGAGUUGGAGGAAAGAAUAACCAGAGCACUAGAAGAAGAUGCUACCAAAUUUGAAUGAGGAUCCUGUAGAAAUCCUUUAGUAUCUACUGAUGAUUCAAUUCUAAAUCAAGAUCCAGUAUGGAAAGCGUCACGAGAAUAUGUACAGAUUUUGAACAAAAAUUAUAUGAUUUGAAUAAUAAAUAGAAAAAAUUUACUGGAUUCUUACCAAACAUUUUCAUUGUUUCCCAAUUGAACACACUACUAUGGCAAAGUCUUGAUUAAAGGAAAAUGUUUUUGUAUCA